CCAACCAAUCCAAACUCUAUUUUCCACCCGAGCGCCUGCUUCGUAUGUUUUUCCACAACAAUACACCAGAAGCGAAGACUUACGUUUACUCUGUUCUUUCUCUUCUCUCUCUCUCUCUUCUCCGCUCUCUGAAAUAGCGACGAGAAUGGCGACGGAGGCGGAGGCAGAGAUAAUGAAACCGCGUAUGGACAAGAGAGAGUAUAGGAGGAUCGUUCUUAAGAACUCUCUUGAGGUGCUCCUCAUCAGCGAUCCCGAUACCGAUAAGAGUGCUGCUUCCAUGGAUGUUGGUGUGGGCUACUCCAGCGACCCCGUUGGCCUCGAAGGACUCGCCCAUUUCCUCGAACACAUGUUGUUUUAUGCUAGUGAAAAAUAUCCACUGGAGGGUAGUUAUUCAAAGUAUAUUCUGGAGAAUGGAGGCAGGUACAAUGCAUAUACAACUUAUGAGCACACCAACUUUCAUUUUGAUGUUAACAGUGAUUGUUUUGAGGAGGCUUUGGACAGGUUUGCACAAUUCUUUCUUGCACCAUUGUUGUCAGCUGAUGCAACCAUGAGGGAAAUUAAAGCUGUUGAUUCUGAGAAUCGGAAAAAUUUAUUAUCUGAUGGUUGGAGAAUACACCAGCUUCAGAAACAUUUCAGUGAUGAACAACACCCAUAUCAUAAAUUCAGUACAGGGAACUGGGAAACUUUGGAAGUUCAACCAAAAGCGAAGGGAUUGGAUACAAGACAUGAGCUUAUCAAAUUUUACGAAGAAAAUUAUUCUGCCAACCUCAUGCAUCUGGUGAUAUAUGCCAAAGAAAAACUUGAUGCAAUUCAAAGCCUUCUCGAGAACAAAUUUCAAGAGAUUAGAAGCAACAACCGAGACUAUAUUUCUUUUCCUGGUCAGCCAUGCACAUCUGAACACUUACAGAUACUUGUCAGAGUUGUCCCAAUAGAACAAGGUCACAAAUUGAGAAUUGUAUGGCCUGUAACUCCAAGUAUUCUUCACUAUAAGGAAGGACCAUGCAACUAUCUGGGUCAUUUGAUCGGCCAUGAAGGAGAAGGAUCUUUGUUUCAUGUCUUGAAAUUACUGGGAUGGGUUACAAGCUUGUAUGCUGAUGAAGAGGGCUGGAAUCAGGAGUUUUCUUUCUUUAAAGUGACAAUGGAUCUUACUGAUGAUGGUCAUGAACACAUGCAAGAUAUUGUAGGGUUGCUGUUCAAAUACAUUCAUCUUUUACAAGAAUCUGGUGUUUGCAAAUCGAUAUUUGAUGAGCUUGCUGGUAUUUGUGAGACAAAAUUUCAUUAUCAAGACAAAAUCUCCCCAAUCUAUUAUGCGAUUAAAAUUGCAUCGAAUAUGCAGUUAUAUCCUCCAAAAGAUUGGCUAGUUCAAUCCUCCAUUCCUUCCAAAUUCAGCCCAAGCAUAAUCCAAUCUGUAGUGGAUCAGCUUUCUCCUAAUAAUGUGCGAAUCUUUUGGGAGUCAAAAAGAUUUGAAGGGCAAACUGACUUGGUUGAGCCAUGGUACAAAACUGCAUAUAGUGUUGAAAACAUUACUGAUUCAUUGAUUCAGGAAUGGAUAUCCUCUGCCCCUAAUGAAAAUCUGCAUCUACCAUCACCUAAUAUGUUUAUCCCUUCUGACCUUUCGCUCAAGCACGUGGACAUGCAAGAGAAGGUCAAAUUCCCAGUUCUGGUGCGAAAGUCAUCCUAUGCAUCAUUAUGGUACAAGCCUGAUACACUGUUCUUUACACCUAAGGCCUAUGUCAAAAUAGAUUUCAAUUGCCCUUGUGCUAAGAGCUCUCCAGAGGCAGAAGUUCUCACAACCAUUUUUACUCGAUUGUUAAAGGAUUACUUGAAUGAAUAUGCUUACCAUGCACGUGUUGCUGGUCUAAAUUAUCACAUAAACAUGGCAGAUAGUGGUUUUCAGGUGACUGUGACCGGUUAUAAUCACAAACUGAAGACCUUGCUGGAAAAAGUCAUCGGAAAAAUUGCAAAAUUUUAUGUGAUUCCUGACAGGUUUGCUGUGAUUAAGGAAAAGUUGAGAAAGGACUAUGAAAAUCACAAGUUUCAACAACCCAACCAGCAUGCUUCAUACUAUUGCUCAUUAGUACUAUGGGACCAAAAAUGGCCACAGAUGGAAAAACUAGAAGUCCUUCCUCAUCUUGAAGCUGAAGAUCUUGCAAAGUUUACUCCCAUGAUGCUCUCAAGGGCAUUUCUAGAGUGCUUUAUAGCAGGUAACAUUGAAUGCAAUGAGGCAGAGUCCAUAAUUCAGUAUGUUGAAGGUGUUUUCUUCAAUGGUCCAAAACCCAUAUGCCAACCUUUAUUCCCAUCCCAGCAUUUGACUAAUAGGGUUGUCAAGCUUGAAAGGGGUAUGAGUUAUGUCUACCCUAUCAAAGGCUUAAAUCCAAGUAAUGAGAACUCUGCUCUAAUACAUUAUAUCCAGGUUCAUCAAGAUGAGUUUAUGCUGAAUGUGAAACUUCAGCUUUUUACUCUCAUUGCAAAGCAAGCAACAUUUCACCAGCUGAGAACAGUUGAACAACUUGGGUACAUCACUUCCCUCACGCGGAGGAACGAUUGUGGUAUUCAUGGAUUACAAUUUGUCGUUCAAUCUACCGUAAAGGAUCCCAGGAAUAUUGAUUUGAGAGUCGAGGCAUUCCUAAAGUCGUUUGAAAAUAAAAUGUAUGAGAUGACUGAUGUGGAGUUCAAGAGCAAUGUUAAGACAUUGAUUGACAUGAAACUUGAGAAGUACAAGAAUUUAUGGGAAGAAUCUGGAUUUUACUGGCAUGAGAUUGUUGUUGGAACCCUCAAGUUUGACCGCAAAGAAUGUGAGGUUGCAGCACUAGAGCAGCUUACUAAACAAGAAUUUAUUGAUUUUUUCGACGAUUAUAUAAGAGUGGGUGCAUCACAGAAGAGGACAUUGAGCAUACGAGUUUAUGGGAACCUACAUUCGGUCGAGUACGCAUCAGAUAUAAGUGAGCAAGCUCAGCCGAACAAGGUUCAGAUAGAGGAUCUUUUCAGUUUCAGAAGAUCACAACCUCUCUACAGUUCCUUCAAAGGAUGCUUUGGUCGUACUAAGUUGUAAGAAUUGACCUUGCUUUAUUUUUUUAAACCAAAAACUUGAUGGAUAAGCUUCUGUAUUUUGAGUUAUAUGAAUUUAUGACAUGCAUAUGCAUAUAUGUAUCAGGAAAACAUUCAUAAACUGGUGUGAUUUUUUAACGAGUGGGAUGAUGAUUUUUGCUUAGGACAAUCAUGAAUCCCAAUUCUGGAUGUUAUUGGGUUUGUAAUAACUGCUUUUUUAAUAUAACUUUUGUGAGAUUGUAUUAUUUA